AUGCAGACAAACGGGGUUUCUUCGAGAAUCAUGCAGUUUAUCGACCCAGAGGAGCGCCGUCGAGCUGGAAUUCAGACUCCUUUCCAGCGUCUUGCUCAGCAAAUGCAGGACAUUUUAGGAAAUGGAGGGAUUCUCAAAGAAGUGAUACGUGUGGGAGACGGCCCACUUGUGCCAAGGGAUGCUUCAGUCUCUGUUCAUUAUUCAGGAUUCCUGGAAUACUCUGAUCGGCCGUUUGACUCAACAACUCACCUUAAAUUUCCUAGAAUGGUGAAGCUAGGUAAAGAUGUGACUUUGUGUGGUCUUGAGCUGGGCCUGCUGAGUAUGAGGAAAGGAGAGUUCUCUCGUUUUCUCUUCCAGCCCGAUUAUGCAUUCGGGGAGAUGGGUUGCCCCCCACUCAUCCCGCCGGUGGCCACUGUGCUGUAUGAGGUACAGGUCCUCGAAUUCCUUGACACAGCUCAAGUCGACGAUUUUUUUGCAAUGAGUCCGGGAGAGCAAAACUCAGUUCCUCUGUCCACACUGCUGAAUGUGGUUGACACAGAGAGAACAUUUGGGAACCGCUGCUUCAACCAGGGCCGCUUUGAAGAUGCAAAAGACCGAUACAAGCAGGCCAUGACACUCUUGCAGAACCGUGAGCUGAUGGAUAAAGAGGAGAAGGGACGCAUCGAUGAAGUAAAGUUGCCCUUCUUACUCAACCUUUCUCUCACCUACCUGCGCCUGGAGAGGCCUCAGAAAGCCCUGCAGUACGGCGAGAAAGCACUGAAGAUCAGCCCAGACAACACCAAAGCUCUCUUCCGCUGUGGCCAGGCCUCUUUGGAAAUGUAUGACUACGAGAAGGCACAAGACUACCUCACAAUGGCUCAGGCCAAGAAGCCAUUUGAUGCUGAUAUUAACAACUUGCUAAGAAAGCUGGCAGUUUGUUACAAGGACUGCCUGGACAAAGAAAAAGAUAUGUGCUCCAAGAUGUUUCCUGGUAUUAAGUCAGAGAACUGA